CACGCUGAACUUAUAACCGUGCGUUCCUAAGCUUGUUUAAUCUCGAUAUAAUCGCACGGAUAUUCUCAGUUAGGAUAAAGACACAAGAUGGAUGUAGGGGAGUUCCGAAAGAGAGGGAAAGAAAUGGUGGACUAUGUGGCAGAUUACUUAGAAAAUAUCAGAGAACGUCGUCCAUUCCCCACCGUUACUCCUGGAUACCUGAGGGAUUUAAUUCCAGAUCAUGCGCCUGAGGAUCCAGAUAAUUGGGAUGAUAUCUUUACUGAUAUUGAGAGAGUCAUAAUGCCUGGCGUGACCCACUGGCACUCACCACAGUUCCAUUCCUUCUUUCCCACUGCCAAUUCUUAUCCAGCUAUCAUAGCGGACAUUUUGUCGGAUGGCAUUGGAUGUAUCGGCUUCACAUGGGCAUCCAGUCCAGCUUGUACAGAGCUGGAAGUGGUAGUUUUGGACUGGCUAGGUAAGAUGUUAGACCUGCCCCCAUCCUUCCUGUUCUCCUCCGGUGGUAAAGGAGGAGGAGUAAUACAGGGCACAGCCAGCGAGGCCACACUUGUCACACUCCUGUCAGCCCGCACACAAUCCUUACACAAACAUAACGAAUCAGGAGAUGGUCAUCAUGAUGAUGGAAAGGUCCUGUCUAAACUUGUUGCCUACUGCUCUGAUCAGGCUCACUCAUCUGUAGAAAGGGCUGGACUUAUUGGAGCUGUCACAAUGAAGAAGUUGGAAACAGAUGAGAAGGGUUCGCUAAGGGGAACAACUCUUCAACAAGCAAUAGAAAAGGACAGAGCAGCAGGUCUUAUUCCAUUUUAUCUGUGUGCCACCUUGGGAACAACCUUAUCCUGUGCUUUUGACAAUCUACUGGAAUGUGGACCUGUGUGUCAGAAAGAGGGAUUAUGGAUGCACAUUGAUGCAGCAUAUGCUGGGAGUGCUUUCAUCUGUCCAGAAUUUCGACCUCUGUUGAAUGGUGUUGAGUAUGCAAUGUCUUUUAAUUUCAAUCCACAUAAAUGGCUGAAAGUAAACUUCGAUUGUUCAGCAUUGUGGGUACAGGAUAGCUCCCUAAUCAGUGAUGCUUUCAACGUGGACCCUCUGUACCUUAAACAUGAAAACCAAGGCAAGAUGCCUGACUACAGGCAUUGGCAGAUUCCCCUUGGAAGGCGUUUCAGAUCCCUGAAAUUAUGGUUUGUUAUAAGAGCCUAUGGUUUGAAAGGUUUACAAGAGUAUAUACGAAAGGAUGUCCAACUAGCCCAUGACUUUGAGAAGUUAGUGGUUGCAGAUGACAGAUUUGAAAUCUUUGGUGAAGUUGUUAUGGGCCUUGUCUGCUUCAGAUUAAAGGGAAAGAAUGACCGUAAUGAAAAACUGCUGAAGGCAAUCAAUGAUGAUGGUAGAAUAAGCAUUGUGCCAUCCAGUGUCAAGGGCACAUACUUCCUUAGGCUAGCCAUCUGUAGUUCCGGCACCAACAAUAACGAUAUCAACUUAGCAUGGCGAGUUAUCACAGAAGUUACUUCUAAACUUCUACAGGAAAAUCCAUGCUAAUAGAACAAUAUCAUGGCUUACAUCCUAAGAUACCAAGAAAACCAAAGUGAUACUAAAUGCUGUUCAUGAUGGUGUUUCCAAGCUUAAAGAUGACUUACAUAUGUGUAUUCAAUCAAAAUGUUUGUCAUUCAUGGCUUAUAUCAAGUGAAGUAUUUCACUGAGAUUUUGAGGAACAUUAACAUGAUUGUGAAAAACUGAAUCUGUAAAACAAUGAAACAUAGAAGUGUUAGUUGUAUUUUUACAUCUAGAGUAUGAAAAAUUCUGAUUCCUUAAAAUACACAUUGAUCAUUCUAUUUAAAGAAACAGGUGAAAAUUUUGACCUGUGAAAAUUACAAGCUUUAGUGAAUAUCUUGACUGGAUUCUUGUAUCAUACCUGUACAGUAGUUAGAUGUCUAGACCAAUUGGUCCACUGUGGUUUUCUCGGUAAUAUACAUUUUAGAUAGUUUAAAAGUAAAAUGUUUAUUCAAGAUUAAUAUUGGUGUAAUUCACACUACACAUCAUACUGAUGCAUCAAAUGGCAGAUAUUGAAAAAUGGUAAAAAUCUAUAUUGCAGGAAUAUUUUGAACAACUUGAACUUUUUGUUCCUGACUUAAUUUUCAAAAUGUCAAAAUAUGAACAUUUCCUCUCUGCAGUUUGAAGUCCUCUUCAGGUUUAGAAAAGUAAUAGGCCUGCUGAAUUCCACUGCUUAUAAACCAAGAAGGAAUUUAGAAUUGGUGUGGAGCUCAUUCAAAAUCAGAGGGUUUUCUGUCUUAACCUUAAAGAAAUAAAAAUUAAUCCACUAUUUUCCAUCUGUCCUUCCCUCGCCUAUUUGCAUGGUCAUCUUGACCUUCACUCAUAGAAAGACAUAAUACCCAGGAUGAAUGAUCAUUGUUGUAAACUAUAUUAAUACUUGGUUUAUAGCUUCUUGUCUGUGUGUUGGGGGUUGUUAUUUUCAAAUUGCAUGACCUCUACAGUUAUGCAUUGAGCUUGUCUCUUGCCUGUAUAAGCCGAUUAACUUCUUCCAGUUACACAUAUUAAUAGAAAGAAUGGUUGUGAUGUAAAGAUAUUUUGGAAAAUGAGUUAUUCACUGAUCUUUUAUAUGAAAAUAAUAAAACACGGUUGUGAACAGUGAAUAGCAUUUUCCCCUACAAUACGAAAAAGAAAAUUUACUACAUUUCAUCAAGUACUUUUGAAUAAAUUUGUAAAAAGCUUUCAAGGUUAGAAAGUUUUCAACUUUAUGCUGAACUUUUUAGUGAACGGUUUUGGGGUUUUUGGGUAUACACACAAACACUAUCAAAUCAUAUAUUUGGUAUCACAGUAUGUUACUCUAUUUGGACAAAAGAUCAGUCAAUGCAUGGAUUUAGUUUUAGAAGCUCCGUCUCGAUCUUUUUUUAUGAUUUUAUCUUUUUAACGAUGUGAUUGAUGGUAAUCCAUUUUCAAACUAACUCUUAGGAUGUUAUUGCUUGUAGUUAUAAGAUUUAGAUCAAGUCCAGGAACACACAUGGCAAUACAUUACAUACGGUUGUAUAUAAGUGUAAAGCUAUCCAACUUAAAUAUAACCAAAGUGUUGUUUUAAAAUGGAUGAUAUGCAUCAAUUGAGAAACAUUAAAAGAAUUUGUUACCUGCAUGUGGUCAAGAUCAACUGAUUGCAGUUGAGGUCAGACAUCCUGUCACAAAGCAGCAAACAAGAUUUUACAUAAUGUCAGCCCAAAACGAAGAUAAAUCAAUUUCCUACUUCUAACAGUAAUAGCCCUUAUUUUUCAUACAUUAUGGUGUCAAAAUGUACAUAAACUUGUAGUAUUUUUUUCAUUUCAAAAUAUUUACAUUCCACUGGAUUUUUUGCUUUUGGUUUUUACGUAGGAGAGACCAUUGGAUAUGAUGUCAUCUGAAUAAUGAAUACAGUUCGCAUCAAAGUUCAUGUGAAGGUCCUGGACAGCAGAUUAUAGUGUUAGGUAGUGUGCAAGAUUGCCUUGUCUGUAUACGAGAAUAUAAUGGCUAUGUAAAUGAAAUGGGACUGGUGUUGUGUAGAAAGUACAAAUUUGAUAUCUACAAAAAUUCCAGAAAUAUAUUUAUGGAUGUUAAAGGCUAGGAGUUCAUUUAGUGAUCUCCAACACCUGAAAGUAUAGAAAUAUUUCAUAUCCCAGUUAUCCUCAUAAUAUCCAUUUAAGUAUUAUCCAAUCUGUCUGGAUAAACCUCUCUCAUUAAAUGUGUAUGUAGAAUAUGUUGUUUUAUCCAGUCUG